AUGACCACGGGGGAGACGCGACCGUUGCUAGAAACAAACGAAGGCCAGACGGAUCGUCAGCUCGCCGCUUCCACAGAUAUAACCGAUGGGUUCCCAGACAGCCUUCCUGGCGCAAAUCACGGGAAAAACCUCAGUUGGUCCAGCGCAUACAUCCUAGUCGUAUCCCGCGUGAUUGGAAGCGGGAUCUUCGCAACUCCAGGAUCCAUCGUCAAAUCGACAGGAAGUGUCGGCCUCACUUUUCUGGUAUGGAUUGCCGGGACGAUUCUAGCAGCGUGUGGGCUAUCCAUCUCGAUGGAGUUCGGGUGCAUGCUUCCUCGCUCGGGAGGGGACAAGGUGUACCUGGAGUAUACCUAUCCUCGGCCGAGAUUCCUCGCUUCAACUUUAAUUGCCGUGCAGGCCGUCGUGCUAGGAUUCACGGCGAGUAACUGCAUUAUCUUCGCAAAGUAUACACUCUUCGCCUUUAAAGUCGAGCCGUCCGAUCUCCAGCAUAAAGCGCUCGCUGUCGGCCUACUUACUAUUAUUACUAUUAUUCACGGGUGCUUCUUGCGCACGGGGAUUGCGAUUCAAAAUGCGCUGGGCUGGGUUAAGAUCUUUUUAAUCGGGGCUAUGUCACUGACUGGGUUGUGGGUUCUUCUUCUCCAAUUUUUUGGUAACUCUCACCAGGUUACGCCGGGAUAUAUGCAUAACGACCUCGCCUCUUGGGAUUCUAUAUGGGAGGGCUCUAAUUGGAGUUGGAGUCUGCUUUCGACGGCUCUGUUCAAGGUGUUUUACUCUUAUGCGGGACUGAGCAACAUCAACAAUGUUCUCGGCGAGGUACAUAACCCCAUUCAUACGAUCAAAACUGUAUGUCCGUCUGCCCUCGUGACAGCCAGUGGCCUCUACCUCUUAGCCAACGCGUCCUACCUCCUGGUUAUCCCCUUUGAAGAGAUCAAAAGCAGCGGCGAACUGGUCGGGGCGCUACUCUUCGAGCGAUUAUUUGGCGAUAGUGUCGGAAGAGUUCUGUUCCCUCUUGCAAUUGCUAUAUCCGCAGCCGGUAAUGUGAUGGUGGUGACUUUUGCAUUGGCUCGCGUCAAUCAAGAAAUCGCCCGUCAAGGCUUUCUACCCUGGCAGAAGGUGAUCUCAUCUUCAAGACCCUUCAACACGCCCCUCGGCGGCCUGAUUGUCCACUACGUGCCAUCAGUGUUGGUCAUUGCUCUUCCACCGCAACAAGAUGUCUAUAGUUUCAUUCUAGAUGUGGAAGGAUAUCCCGGUCAGAUCUUCGCUCUCGCGAUAACGGUUGGUCUUUUGAUUUUACGAUACAAAGAACCCAACAGACCACGACCCUUCAAGGCAUGGCUUCCUGCUGUUUGGUUGCGUGUGGUUGUAUGUUUGGUUCUAUUAGCAGCGCCCUUCGUGCCACCGCCAAAUUGGCAGGGUGAUGUCGAUUUCUUCUAUGCGACGUAUGCGAUUGUCGGUAUCGGAGUGAUUCUUUUUGCGGUGGUUUACUGGUAUGCUUGGACUGUGCUUUUGCCGAGGUGGGGAGGAUAUAAGUUGGAAGAGUUCGUGGAGGUUUUGGAUGAUGGGACUAGUAUCACUAAACUUGAGCGAGACUAUUCUGCUCCGGAAUGA